GAGCGCCAUCAAGAGGGUCAAAUGCGAGGAGGAGGAUCCGGCGCCGCACCGAGCCACCAAGAGGUUCCGCCGCGCAGCGCCGCGCAAGGGGGUUGAGGUUCUCGUCCUCGACUCCGACGUCGACUCCGAGUCCUCUUCGGAGGUUGAGAUGUUCGAGAUCGACUACUCCUCCAGCGAGUCCAGCGGCGACGACUCCUCUGGCGACGAUUGCGGAGGCAAGCAGCAGGCAAAUGUUGUAGCCGAGGAGGACAUUGGCAAAAUCUGGAAUGCAAUCAACAAGCAAAGGAAAUUGCUGGAUGAAAUCUGUGAAGAAAUCAAGAAGCUCAAGUGGGGGAAAUUCCAGGAUGAUGACAAUAAUGGAGACAGGAUCAGCCUACUCGAAUCAAAGGUGAAAGCACUAGAACAGGCAGAAAAGAAGAAGAACAUUGAAAUUCAAGACGCAUUCCAGAAGAAUGGUGAGCUUUUUUUUUGGAAACCAUUGCAAAGCUAGAAGCCAAAAUGUGUGUACUUGAAGAUGCACUGAACAAGCAGGCUGCAAGGAUGAAGGUACUUGAAGAAGCAAUGAAGAAGGGAUCUAGCUGAUUUCACCACAACAAAGAUGAAGAAUCGAAGCUACUUAUCUAGUGCCCUAGCAGAACUUUUAUCUGUGUUUGCUAAAUAGUGAUGUAGUCUUAUUUUGGUGAUGUGGCCUGAUGCUGCAUGUGAGAUGUACUCUAUGUAAAUAUGUGGGGUGAUGUUCCUUGUGAACCUGGCAUGCUAUGUGCCUAUGAAUCUUAAUAUAUGGCUGUUAUGCUUGGAAAAUGACUUAUCUGUGUUGUGAUUA